CUUGAGUAGUGCUUGGCUGUGCUCCUCCUGAGCACUCCUUGGGAAAGCAAUAAUGAUCACGUUCAUGAACAACUCGGACAGUGAGGAGGAGCCCUGCAAUGAGAGAACAUCCCUGAUGUCCGCAGAGAGCCCUCCAGUACCCUCCUACCAGGACGGCCUGCAAGCCUCAGAAGCAGGGGAAGUGCAGGCACAUAGGAAGAGGCGCACAGGUAGCAGCCGUAGCCCUAACAAUAUUGCUGAUGGGGAUAUGUCUGACUCGGGUGUUCCAGUGAGAGAAAGCGCCUUGGAAAAUGAAGAGGAGGAACUGACUCUGAAAUAUGGAGCAAAGCAUGUAAUCAUGCUCUUUGUGCCUGUCACCCUUUGUAUGAUUGUUGUCGUCGCCACCAUAAAGUCAGUGCGCUUCUAUACGGAGAAAAACGGGCAGCUGAUCUACACCCCUUUCAGUGAGGAUACCCCAUCUGUGGGCCAGCGUCUCUUGAACUCGGUGUUGAACACCAUCAUAAUGAUCAGUGUCAUCGUUGUAAUGACAGUGUUCCUAGUGCUGCUCUAUAAAUAUCGCUGCUACAAGUUCAUCCAUGGCUGGCUGAUCCUGUCCUCUUUGAUGCUGCUCUUCCUCUUUACCUACAUCUAUCUCGGUGAAGUAUUCAAGACAUACAACGUGGCCAUGGAUUACCCCACUGUAUUCUUAAUCAUCUGGAAUUUUGGAGCUGUUGGAAUGAUUUGCAUACAUUGGAAAGGUCCCUUGCAGCUCCAGCAAGCAUAUCUCAUUAUGAUCAGUGCUCUAAUGGCGCUGGUUUUCAUUAAAUAUCUACCUGAAUGGUCAGCAUGGGUGAUUCUAGGUGCAAUCUCCAUCUAUGAUCUGAUGGCUGUUCUCUGUCCCAAGGGGCCAUUGAGAAUGCUGGUAGAAACUGCACAGGAGAGAAAUGAGCCCAUUUUUCCUGCAUUAAUAUAUUCCUCUGCUAUGAUGUGGACAGUUGGAAUGGCAAAGCCAGACACAGCAGCAAGAAGACCAAGUCAGCAGACAUGGGACACAGAUGAGGAUGGGAGAGAGAACCACCAGAGCCCUUCACACACAGACUCUCAGAUGUCAGAGACGAGGAGUCCUGUUGCAACUCGCCCCAUCACUUCUUUUGAGGAGCUUGAAGAGGAGGAAAGGGGUGUGAAGCUGGGCCUUGGAGACUUCAUAUUUUACAGUGUGCUUGUUGGGAAAGCAGCUGCCACAGCUAGUGGAGACUGGAAUACUACACUGGCCUGCUUCGUAGCCAUUCUCAUAGGUUUAUGCUUAACUCUUCUAUUAUUGGCUGUUUUUAAGAAAGCACUGCCUGCCCUUCCCAUCUCCAUCACAUUUGGCUUGGUCUUUUACUUCUCCACAGACAACCUUGUGCGACCAUUCAUGGACACCCUGGCCUCCCACCAGCUCUAUAUUUAGAAGAAGUGUGAAUUAGAGGAUUAUUUUUAAAGCUUUGCUAUGAAGUAUGGUACACUGUCUGGAAUAAGUCAUGGAAGUUUUACACUUA